AACAGCUGUGCAGGGCCCGGCGGUGCAGAGGCCCCGGGCCCGCCAGCGCAGCCAGGCCACUGGGGAGUGACUUCCACUCGGGAUCGCGGAGGGCGCAGGCCGUUGGCGCGUGGCAGUCGGCGUGGGCCUGGCGUCCCCGCGCCUUCGCGGCGCCCCGUGUCUCCGGCUGGGCGCAGGUGGGCCAGGCCGGGCGCCGCAGAUCGGCGCGUUCCCACGAAGGCUAGCCCUCGGAGCGAGGGGGAGGGACCAUCGGAAAGACGUGGAACGAUCCGCGCGGUGUCAUCCGCAGGGCCCAGGCCCCGCGCCGCCGCCGCCGUCGUCGCCGCCGCCGCCGCCGCCGCCGCUGGGGCUUUGCUGCGGGGAUCCACGCUGAGCCUCCGCGGAGCCCCGAGAUUAGCAUGACACUGGGUAGCCGUCCCGCUUCCGGCGGUGCCAGAGCGCAGCGCGAUAGUCCCCGAGCCGCGAUGGCCCCGCGCGGGGGCCGAUCGCCGGGCUCCGCAGCCGCCGCGGCCCGUGAGUAGGAGUAUGCCUGUGGCGGGGGACCCACGCGUGUCGCCACGCGCCCCCACCCUCCCGCGCCCCCGCCAGCCUCGGAAGCCUAACGCCGCGCCGCGGUCGCCAGCACCCAACGGGGCUCUCUUCCUGCGUUGUCGCAGCGGGGGUCCCGGUGCUCCCGCGCGCCCCCCGUUCGAGCCUCUGGAAUGAAGACUGCCUCCCGAGGACUGCGAGAGAGAAGCAGAGGCAGCGGGCGCCGGGGACUGCGGGCCUCGCGGUUGGGAGGUCCGGGGAGACGCGACUCGGACGCUGUCAUCCCCACGCCUCGCGCUGAAGCCUCCUAGUGCGGUUGGGGCUGCCGCCCACCGGUCAAGCUGCCGGGGCGUGCGAUCCCGGGUCGGCCCCCGGAGGCCUCGGCUUCCUCAUUUGUUUGGGUCUUUUGUGCUGUGGCGCACAGUUGGCUAAGCACUCCUGCGCUGAAUCGGUCCAUUGUCUGCGCUCCCAUUGCUUCCACGCUGCAAGUCUCGGCGCCCCCACCCCGGCCGCCCCCUCCCGGCCGCCGAGCCUCCCGACGUGCCUUCCCCCCCAGGAAUCUGGAAGCUGGAAGCCCCGCGGAUUGCAAAUGAAGUGGAAUGCAUUGUGGGACGAGUGUAAAAUCCGAGCCUUCUCCGUGGGGGUGUGGGGGGGCGUGGGGAGGGCCGGACCUGCCGCCGGCGGUGUAGACACCGACAAGAAGAGGGGGCUGGGGAAAAAAAUGUGCGCAGAGUCCUCCCGGGUCCUGGCCUCGGUAGACGGAUGAAGCAGCGCGCUGCGCCCUGGCGCUGAGGCCCCACUAUCGGGGCACCAGGGUCGCCCUUCCCCACCAUGAAGAAGACCCGGAGCACAACCUUGCGGCGAGCCUGGCCUAGCUCGGAUUUCUCGGACCGGGCCUCGGACCGCAUGAGGUCCCGCAGCGAGAAGGACUACCGCCUGCACAAGCGCUUCCCCGCGGCCUUCGCGCCCCAGGCUUCUAGGGGCUACAUGACAUCAGGUGAUGUGUCACCAAUCAGUAUGUCCCCCAUCAGUCAGUCACAGUUUAUUCCACUCGGGGAGAUCCUUUGCUUGGCCAUCUCGGCAAUGAACUCUGCGAGAAAGCCUGUCACCCAGGAGGCGCUGAUGGAACACCUGACCACGUGUUUCCCAGGUGUUCCAACCCCAAGCCAAGAAAUUCUACGGCAUACCCUAAACACACUGGUACGGGAGAGGAAAAUCUAUCCGACUCCGGAUGGCUAUUUCAUUGUGACCCCACAGACUUAUUUCAUUACUCCUUCCCUCAUAAGAACUAACAGUAAGUGGUACCACUUGGACGAGAGGGUACCUGACCGGUCUCAGUGUACCUCUCCACAACCAGGAACCAUAACGCCCUCUGCCUCAGGCUGUGUUAGGGAAAGGACAUUACCCAGAAAGCACUGCGAUUCUUGCCACUGCUGCCGAGAAGACGUGCACAGCAUGCAUGCCUCCACUCUGCAGAGGAAGCCCGCCAAGGACUGCAAAGACCCUUACUGCCCUCCUCCGCUAUGCCAGGUGCCACCCACUGAAAAAAGCAAAAGUACUAUAAAUUUCUCCUAUAAGACAGAAACUCUCUCAAAACCUAAAGAUAGUGAAAAGCAGUCCAAAAAAUUCGGACUCAAGUUAUUCCGGCUGAGUUUUAAGAAAGACAAGACCAAACAGCUGGCCAAUUUCUCUGCCCAGUUUCCUCCCGAGGAGUGGCCUCUGCGAGACGAAGACACACCCACGACUAUCCCCCGGGAAGUGGAGAUGGAAAUCAUCCGGCGUAUCAACCCGGACUUGACGGUGGAAAAUGUCAUGAGGCACACUGCACUGAUGAAGAAACUUGAAGAAGAAAAAGCUCACCGGAGCAAAGCCGGGUCCUCCGCCCACCACAGUGGAAGGAGUAAAAAGAGCCGGACUCACCGAAAGUCCCACGGGAAGCCUCGGUCACACAGCAAGACGCGAGUGUCCAAAGGAGAUCCUUCGGAUGGCUCGCAUCUGGAUAUCCCCUGUGAGAGGGAGUAUGAAUUUUGCGACCCUCUAACCAGGGCCCCCAGAGAGGGCUGCUUCAUCAUUGAACACAAAGGAGACAACUUCAUCAUGCACAGCAACACGAACAUGAUCGAGUCCCAUUUCCCCAUGACGCCAGAAUGGGAUGUGUCUGGCGAACUGGCCAAAAGGAGAACGGAGAUGCCCUUUCCCGAACCUUCCAGGGGAAGCUCCCACUCCAAAGUGCACCGAAGCCACAGCCAUACCCAGGACCGGAGGUCCAGGAAUGAGAGGUCCAACAAGGCCAAGGAGAGAUCUAGGUCAAUGGAUAACUCCAAAGGCCCCCUGGGCGCUUCUUCUCUCGGGACUCCGGAAGACCUGGCUGAAGGCUGCAGCCAAGAUGACCAGACCCCAAGCCAAUCAUACGUCGACGACAGUACUUUAAGGCCUGCGCAAACGAUUGGUCAUCAAAGGGCUCAUAUUCCUUCUGCCAGCUAUAAAGAGGUGUGCAUUCCAGAAAUAGUUGGUGGCAGCAAGGAACCUUCUAGUGCUUGUAGCCUUUUGGAGCCAGGCAAACCCCCUGAGAGUAUGGCGUCCUACGGGGAACUCAGCCCUUGCCCGGCAAAAACAGCUGUGGAUGACUACUUUCAGUGCAACACCUCGAGCGAGACUGUGCUCACAGCACCGUCACCUUUAGGGAAGAAUAAGGAGGACCAUGACACUUUGACCUUGGUGGAGGGGGUAAAAAAGCUGUCUCCAUCUGAGAGGCAGACCCCCCAUUCUUCCAGGGAACCUGUUGGGCACAAGGAGGAGUCACCGAAAGGGCCAGGUGGGGGCCCUGCAGCCUCUGGUGGUGUGGCAGAGGGAUUGGCCAAUGGCCGUCUUGUUCAACACCAUAGUGCGGAACCCAGCAGCCUGGACAAAAGGAAAGAAAUAUUCAGCAAAGAUACACUGUUCAAACCUCUACACAGCACCUUGUCUGUAAACAGCUAUCACAAAUCUAGUUUGUCCCUCCUCAAAUCUCACCCGAAGUCACCUGUUGACACACUGCCAGGCCGAUGUGAGAAACUGGAACCUUCCCUUGGGACAUCCUCGGCCCAAGCCAUGCCUCCGUCCCAGCGUCAACAAGAGUCUGGAGGGAACCAGGAGGCUUCUUUUGACUAUUACAACGUCUCUGACGAUGAUGACUCUGAGGAGGGGGCCACCAAAAACACAGAGGAGGAGAAAAACAGAGAUGAUGUGGGCACCAUGCAGUGGCUCCUCGAGAGAGAGAAGGAAAGAGACUUGCAGAGGAAGUUUGAGAAGAACCUCACCCUCCUCACCCCAAAAGAAACUGAUAGCAGCAGCAACCAGAGAGCCACCCACUCAGCCCGGCUGGACAGCAUGGACAGCAGCAGUAUCACCGUGGACAGUGGAUUCAACUCCCCACGCACUCGGGAGAGCCUGGCUUCCAACACAUCAAGCAUUGUUGAAAGCAACCGCCGUCAGAAUCCUGCUUUGAGUCCCGCCCACGGCGGAGCUGGUCCAAGCUUCAACUUCCGCGCCAGUACAGAUCCCCCAACCAGCGAAGCUGAGAAAUUACAGAAACCUUCCAACUGCUUGCAAGCUUCUGUUACUAGUGUAUGAUUGUCCUUCUGCCUCAGAUCUUCUGUCUCAUUCGAUACAGCAACGUUUACGACGAUUGGGACUGUUUACAUCUCUGCAAAGGCAAACAUCUCAAGCACAGGUUGGGGGUUACUUGAGCUGUGCUGCUAAGUAGGCUAGGGCAAAAAAAAAAAUCUUCAUUUCGGAGUAUUGCUUUUCACACGUAUGGCUCUGUAGCAACCGAAUAGCAGUAGGGGAGAUACGUACACUUCCGCUUCACUAACUGUAUCUGAGCACACAUAGGAAAGUCUAAACACUGUAAGUGGAACAUGCGUUUUUCAAUGUCAUACAGUUGCCAAUUCCAUUCUGAAAUGCCACAGAGAUGUGUUGCUCCUGGCCGGCCGGCCUAGGGAGGAUGGGGCCAUGGAACUAAUCCUGGAUAACCCACCCCCCUCAAAAAAAAAGCCAAGCCGCCACAAAAUGUAAAUGUAGGGGUGUCCAUUGUGAGAAAAAUCAAUGCCAAACUGGGCAGAAGGGACCCCAGCCCUUUGUGUGUGAGUCCUUUAAAGUAUCAGUCAUUUUCACUGUGAGUUUUCACGACACUCCUGCAGGAGCCCAUGGAUGUGGGUCAGAGGUCCCAAUGGAUGGAAGUCGUUAGGGUGUUUGUUCUCACUGUUUUCCAGCUCACUCAAUGCUUGUCUUGAGGUUUUUUUUUUUUUUCUUCACCUUCCCUAAUCACAAACAGGAAUAUAGGCCUUUGAAGGGGACAAAGGAAGGGAAAUGCAGUCUCACGGAGGCACAGCUCUGAGUGCUGGAGAAGGGUGUGUGAAUGACCCGGAGGAUGAGUGAGAUACUGGAAAAGGAUGCCUUCCUCCCUGGGACACUUAGGUUGAGCGAGCUUACUCUACUAAAUGCAGUGAUUAGUUUGUUGGGAAGCAAAAUGUUCUUUAUGAUACAAAUGAAGAAUGUGGCCCGAGGGUGUUAUUCUUUCUAAUGGAAGGGACAUAGAUCUAUUUUAUGCAGUUUUAAAUAGAAUGCCUAAAUUAGGCUGUGGGAGAUGAUUUUUUAGUGGUUGUAGGAAAGAACAAAUUUAGGGAGAGUUGAACUUCAGGCCUUUUAUUCCUGGGAAGAUAUCUAUAGAGACAACAUUUAAAGGAAUUUUUGAUUAGAAAUAUACAUGGGCCCAUGUAAUAAACAGCAAAAUGUCCUCAUUCUGCUGGUGUGGUAUAUUCUUAAUUUGUACUCCCCUAAAAUGUAUCGAAUGACAAUUAUGCAUUCAUGAACUAUGCCAGAGUAAUGUUUACAGAUGCUUUGUAAUGAUUUCGGGAGGCUUGUUUUGGGUGGAUUGUAUGGCAGUUCCUCAUCAUCUUUUACAAUGACGUCUCCACGCUCUGCUUUGGUUUAUGCCACCAUGCUCAGUAUCAAAAGGCUUUGCAGGAGGGGGAUUCUAACCAUUACUCUUUGGUCCUAUAGGAAAGACACUUUUCAAAAGUCCCAGGUUUUUUUUUUUUUUUUUUUUUUUUUUUUGAGAUUCAUUGCAUACAUCUGUAGGUACUGGAAAUUCAUCUGCACAAGGGUUAAGUCUGAUCCCAGAAAAUGGUCUGGAAUAAAGUUAUAU